GCGGCUUCUUUCAGCCUGGCUGCUGUUAUUAAGGCAGAAAAGAUAGGAAGUGGCGACAGGCUAGCUGGUUAGCCGGCCAGUAACCAGUUCAUUUUCCCUGCGUCAAAUGCGCUUUUGAACACCUUUUUAGCCAAGGGACGCCUCUUCUUUGUUUCACCAAGGCGUACGAGGAAGCUACUUUUUUUUUUGUCCGUCAUUUUAUUUUUGGUUUCCGCGCCGGUUUCACGCUCGUUGUCGCAUCUUUGUCCGUCUCCGGUGUUGUUAGCCCCCCCUCCUUCUAGACUGCCAAGACAGGUUUGAAGCAAUCCUCAUACAAACAAGACACGGAUAUACCAGCAAGUUGGUCGCUGCUUUUUGAUUUUUAUCAGUAGCUUAGCUUUAUUAGUGGGAGCUACUGUGAAGAGCAACACAAUGGAACAAGCAGCGGAAAAAGGUGCUUUGUAGCAAGAAGGAGGCGGUGGCUGCGGCAUGCUGAGGCAACUCCCCCUGACUCAGGAUGAGUGUCAGAGAUGGCAGCGCUGCCAUGGCAACGAGUGCGGGCGGAGUUAAGGGGGGAGGAGGUCUGCUGACGAGCACCAACGAUCACAACGGGCGCUCGUACCUGCUUCAGAUCUACCCGCGGCUCGCUGCUGAGUCAUCCACCUGCUGCAACCUGAGAGUGCAGAAGGAUGCUACAGCAGCUUCUGUGAUCUCGGACGCUGCCGUGGCACUGGGGCUGGACCCUGGCCGCCUGUAUGUGCUGGCAGAGGUGAAGGAGAGUGGAGGGGAAGAGUGGGUGCUGGAGGCCGGAGAUCUUCCAGUGCAGAGGUUCCUGCUGUGGCCUCGGAAAGCCCAGGAGCAGCACCCGCAGAGCCUCGGCUUUUACUUCUUACUUCAGGAGAGGAACAAUGACGGCUCUAUCCAUUAUGUCCACCUCCCACCGCUGUCCAAAGAGCAGGAGGCACAGCGGCUCGCCGCCAGGGGCUUCCUCCCACCUCCACAGGAUGACUUUGCCGACCUCUGCAACCUCCCCAAACUCAACGAGGACAGCAUCCUAAAUAAUCUGCGCACACGCUUCUACAAGAAAAAAAUCUACACCUACGCAGGCAGCAUACUCAUUGCCAUCAACCCCUUCAAGUUUCUACCCAUCUACAACCCCAAAUAUGUCAAACUCUACGAAAACCACCAACUGGGCAAACUGGAGCCGCACAUUUUCGCCAUUGCCGACGUGGCUUACUAUGCCAUGCUCAGGAAGAAGGUCAACCAGUGUAUUGUCAUCUCCGGAGAAAGCGGCUCGGGCAAGACUCAAAGCACCAACUUUCUCAUCCACUGUCUGACUGCACUCAGCCAGAAAGGAUACGCCAGCGGUGUGGAGAGGACCAUACUUGGCGCCGGACCAGUCUUGGAGGCCUUUGGAAACGCCAAGACAGCCCACAAUAACAACUCCAGCCGUUUUGGUAAAUUCAUCCAGGUUAACUACCUGGAAACCGGAGUGGUGAGAGGUGCCGUUGUGGAGAAGUAUCUUCUGGAGAAGUCGCGUCUCGUCUCCAGAGAGAAGAACGAGAGAAACUACCACGUGUUUUACUACCUGUUGUUGGGAGCUUCCGAGGAGGAAAGGAAAGAGUUCAAGUUGUUGCCACCUGAAGACUACUUCUACCUCAAGCAGGAAAACUUUAAGAUUGAAGAUGAGGAGGACCUGCAUCAUGACUUUGAAAGGCUACAGCAGGCCAUGGAGAUGGUUGGCUUCCUUCCAGCUACCAAGAAACAGAUUUUUUCUGUGCUUUCGGCCAUCUUGUACCUCGGCAACGUGACCUACCAGAGAAAGUCAAAUGGGCGAGACGAGGGCUUGGAGGUGGGGCCGCCGGAGGUCUUGGCCACUCUCUCUGACCUUCUGAAGGUCAAAGAGGAGCUGCUGGUUGAAGCGCUGACAAAGCGGAAAACGGUGACAGUCAAUGACAAGCUGAUCCUCCCCUAUAGCCACUCGGAGGCGAUCACAGCCAGAGACUCCAUGGCCAAAUCGCUAUACAGCGCCUUAUUUGACUGGAUUGUCCUACGCAUUAAUCACGCCCUGCUUAACAAAAGAGACAUGGAGGUGUCGGUCCCGCGCUUGUCCAUCGGUGUUCUGGACAUAUUUGGCUUUGAAGACUUCCAGACCAACAGCUUUGAACAGUUUUGCAUCAAUUAUGCAAAUGAGCAGCUGCAGUAUUAUUUCAAUAACCAUAUAUUCAACCUGGAGCAGGAGGAAUACCAAGCAGAGGGGAUCACGUGGCAUAACAUUGACUACAAAGACAAUGUGGGCUGCAUCCAUUUAAUCAGCAAGAAGCCCACCGGCCUGCUUUACCUGCUGGAUGAGGAGAGCAACUUCCCCCAUGCCACAGAUGAGACACUAUUAGCCAAAUUCAAGCAGCAGCAUCAGGGGAAUAAAUACUUUCUGUCCACACCUGUCAUGGAGCCUGCUUUCGUCAUUCAACACUUUGCUGGGAAAGUCAAAUAUCAGAUCAAGGAUUUCCGUGAAAAAAACACAGACCACAUGCGUCCCGACAUUGUGGCGUUAUUGCGGAGCAGCGACCGAGCGUACGUGCGGCAGCUCAUCGGCAUGGACCCCGUGGCCAUGUUUCGUUGGGGCAUCUUGCGCGCCACCAUCCGAGGCAUGGCUGCCUUCAAUGAAGCCGGGCGCUCAUGGGCCGCCAAAACUGCAGGCGUUGUGCGUCCAACCUCCAGAACUCCUUUGGGAGAGAUUCAGCGGGCCAAUGCUCCAAUAGAGCGAAUGUACAAAAGAGCUUCUAUGCUCGAUUUCUACUUUGAUCACUCAGAGGAGCGCCCUCUAGAGGCCUUCGAAGACAUCUUUGCUAGCUAUGAGAAUAAAAAAGACAUGCAUGCGCAGAUGAUCAGCUCCAUUAAGAACUUGCAGCUGGAUUCUGAGGACCCCCGCAAGCUUCUGCAGUCCUGGGGUCGUCUCCGCUUCCCUCGACACGUCCUCCAGAAAAACAAAGGAACUAAACAGAAACAGAUCAUCCCCAAGAACCUGUUGGAUUCUCGCUCCCUGAAGUUCAUUGUAAGCUUAACCUUACAUGACCGCACCACCAAGUCGCUUCUCCAUCUGCAUAAAAAGAAGAAGCCCCCCAGCAUCAGUGCUCAGUUCCAGACAUCUCUGACCAAACUCUUGGAGACUCUGAACAGAGCAGAGCCUUUCUUCAUCCGCUGUAUCCGCUCCAAUGCCGAAAAGAAGGAGAUGUAUCUCGAUGAGGCCUUGGUGCUCCAGCAGCUACGCUACACCGGAAUGCUGGAAACCGUUCGAAUCAGGAGGUCUGGCUACGGAGCUAAAUACACAUUCCAGGAAUUCUUAGAGCAGUUCAGGGUUUUGCUUCCAAAGAACUCCACUGCUUGUAAGGAAGACAUUUCUGCUUUGCUUGACAAGAAGAUGGGCUUGGAUCACACCACGUACCAGAUAGGCAAAACAAAGGUGUUUUUGAAAGAACUCGAGCGUCAACAGCUGCAGGACACUCUGCACAAGGAUGUGAUGCGCAAGAUCAUCUUCUUGCAGCGCUGGUUCAGAGCUCGCCUGCAGAGGAAGGAGUUUCUGGACAUGAAACAGUCGGCCGUUGUUAUCCAGCGUUCAUGGCGUCGGUACUGCAAAGAGGAACAAAGGCGGCGGGCUGCCACUCUAAUCCAGGCCGUCUGGAGGGGGCACCAACAAAGAUCAGCAUAUCAUCGCCAAAGACAAGGUGCCACCAAGAUACAAGCCCUUGUCAGGGGGCACUCAGCACGAAGGAGAUGCCACUCAAUGCGUGAGGAUCGGCGCAGAAAAGAAGAAGAAUUAAAAAAGGCAGAAGAGGAAAGGAGGCGCCGGGAGGAAGAGGAGGAACGGAGGCGACAGGAAGAAGAGGAAAUGAGGUUAAGAAUGGAGAAAGAGGAGGAAAGAAGAAAGGCUGAAGAGGAGGAAACGAGGAGGAAAAAAGAGGAGGAGGAGGCAAUCGUAAAAGCACUGGAAGCUAAGGCGGCGUUGGAAGCGACUGAGGUCAAAGAAAUAGAACAGGGAGGGGGGAAACCAGCAAAGGAGCCUCAAACCAGAGAGGAUCCAGAUAUAGAACUGGUCACAGAGGAGAUGCUGGAUGAGGACAGAGGACAGGACGAUGGGGAGGAGGUGGCAUCAAGCUCCCACACAGAAGAGGAAAUGGGUGAGGACGACGAUGACUGGCUACCCGAGACACAACCAAGCAAUUGUGACCACCUACCUCUCAGGUCUGGUUUGGAGACCAACGGUACUUUGGCUGAGGCUGGUCCCCAGCCAGAUGAAAAGGAGGAGGAUACAAAACAUGCUUUGUCAUCCACUGGGGUCUCCAUUUCUUCUGAUUCGGAACAGACCUCCAGCAAUACCACUUCCAAUGCGGAACAGAAACUUGUCCAUCCCGUAGCCAAAAACCAGGUAUCGAAAAAUCAGGAGAAGAGAGAGCAGAGGAGAAGGAGGGGGUUGGAGCACAACCAGAGAGAGACUUUACGAGCCGCUUCAACCUCAGCGACCAGUGUGGAACAAACAUCACCUCCAAAGAGCAAAACGCCCGACGCGUCAAGGGAGAGAGAACGGUCCGACAGCAAGGAGCUCGAUCAGUAUACCUUCGUGCCGUGGAAGAUGAAGGAAGAAAAAGCGGGGAAGAAGGACACCAAAAUGUCUUCAAAGUCCGUCGUCGUUCGUCCAACUACUUUGGCACUUCAACCAGCUGACUCUCUGCAUGAGAAGACCGUGGCGGACGGCGCAGCUUUGAGCUUGCAGCGCAGCCACGGACCAAUCAAAGCCAAGUCGGGGAAGGGAAAGAGCGUCGAUGGGGAACAUUCGCCUCCGACUCACAAUAGAGAAGAGAGAAGGUCCAAGCAGCCGCUAAGUCAGACAGCCUCCUCCUCAUUUGAUAGUUUGUCUCCGUCUUCCGAGGGCGCCGGUGCUCUUUUAACCAGAGAGAUUAUUUUGUCUCCAGAGAGCUCGAAAGGAAGCUCCAUCAGGAGGAGAACCCAGGAGGACGCAACUCUCUCCACCCCGUCCACGCCAGACAGGCCAGGUGGUUUCUUCAGCAAGAUCUUGAAAAAGCGACCGCACAAGGAGCCUCACACCCCCGACAAUGGAGACUUGACAUUUGCGCAGGUUCUCAACGAAAAGCCAGUAGGAGGAGAAGCCCCAACAUAUGGAUACUCGCUGAGACCUGUCUCCCAGUCCCAAGGAGAUCGUGCCAAUAAAGGUUUGGGCCGUAACCCCACCAUCAAGAUUAGCCGUGCCACACGCGUUUCUGAGCAGUGGAACGCCUCGCUGGAUCGAGAAAUCACCAACGCCAAUGAGCUGCGGCACCUUGAUGAGUUUCUGGGGAACCAGGUCAACGAUUUUCGCUCCAGGGGGAAAUCGUUGUCGGCCACCGAAGCCAUCUUUGUAACAGCUACAAUGCAGUUCAGAGAGACUAUUAAAGCCAUGUAUUCUCUCCCCAAACCAACAAUUGGCUACAAAGGUCUGAUGACAGGCUAUCAGAACAAAGUCAUCCACUUGGCCGGCGACAAGCAAAAAGGGGAAGUCCAGCUAGUGGUCAACCUCUUUCAGUCAGUGCUGGACGGCUUCAUCAGAGGGGAGAUGAAGAAAGAGGAAGCCGAGCCCGCCAAGCCCGCGAAAGCUCGGAAGAAGCGACGGAAAAAAGAUAAAAGCAUGGAGAGCCCCUUGGAUCACGUGUUCGUCAACUAUCAGGUCAACAUCAUGCAGUCAUGUGACCAGUGUACUUCUUAUAUCUGGGGGAUGGAGAAAGCUUACAUGUGUAGCUAUUGUAAGAUGGUGUGCCACAAAAAGUGCCUGUGUAAAAUAGUCACCGACUGCUCCACGUUCUGUGCCAAAAAGAGUGACGAGGAGUCUGGCGGUCAGCACUUUGGUGUGCGUGUGGGUCACCUGGUGAGUGAGAAGAACCCAGUUCCCAUGGUCCUGGAGAUGAUGCUGGAGCACGUGGAGAUGCAGGGCCUCUACACGGAAGGCAUCUACCGCAAAUCUGGCUCGGCCAACCGCAUGAAAGAGCUGCACCAGCGACUGGAGAACGAUCCCCACCUCGUGUGCCUUGAAGACUACCCCAUUCACACAGUUACAGGCCUGGUGAAACAGUGGCUGAGGGAACUGCCCGACCCACUGAUGACCUUCAUACAUUAUAAUGAGUUCCUGCAUGCAGUAGAGCUGCCAGAUAAGCAGGAGCAGCUCUACGCCAUCUACAAAGUGCUGGAGGAGCUUCCAACAGCAAACUUCAACACACUGGAGAGGCUUGUCUUCCACCUCGUCAGGGUUUGCAAAGAGGAGGCUCACAACCGCAUGUCUCCAAACUCCCUGGCCAUUGUCUUUGCACCGUGCAUCCUCCGCUGCCCAGAUGGCGCUGACCCACUUCUUAGCAUGAAAGACGUCGCUAAGACCACCACGUGUGUGGAGAUGAUGAUCAGUGAGCAGAUUAGACGCUACAAUGAAAAGAUGGAGGAGAUCGAGCAGCUGGAGUACGCCGAGGCUCUGGCUGUCAACCAGCUCAAACUCAAGAGAAAGAACACGUGCUGGCAUUUACCCCUCAGGUUCUCAGCUCCUUACAAAGGAGUGGUGGUGCACGAAAAGGCGAGUACAGACCUCCAAGCUGUCCCAGAGAACGAGCCUUUGGACUCGGACUCGGAGGCUGAGAAGAACUUGGUGGAACGUAUCAAGUCCAUCAAACAGGAGAAAGAGGAUCUGGCCUGUCGGUUACCAGAGAUGGAGCAGCCCGGUUCGGAUCAGGAGAACUUGGACUCGGAAGCCUCAUUGAGUUCUGAAAGCCUAUUGGAAGAGCAACAGCGUUCUUCCGCACACAACUCUGAGCUCGAAGGAGUUGGCCCUCAGCAGAGGAGCUGCAGGCCAGUGCACCCAGCCAAGCCAUCCCCCCUGGCACAGAGAUCAUCAUUCCCUGGUGGACGUGUUUGUCUACGAGAAAUCAACCCUCCGGGCUCCUCCUCUUCUGUGUCCAGCUCCUCCUCAAUGUCCGAAUCCUCCAACGCUAUCUGCAGGCACCAGUUGCAACGUCGCAACCCCGUCAUCCCGGACACGGUGAAACUGCCUCCCGGUGUCCUCGCCCAGCCCGCGAGCUCGGGUCCGAGACGGGCUUCCUGCCCACACGAAAAGCGUUCUUUUCAUCACUUGGUGAGAAGAAGGGAGCAACCAGGCCGCCGAAAAGACAGCACUCAGUCGCUCUACUUCGACAAGCCCGAGUGUGACCUGUUGACCCAUUUUUCCUCCUGCCCGCCUUCCGCUUCCUCCUCUGUCUCGUCCCUCUCCACGGCGGUAGUGUCCUCACCACCGGAGCAACAAGACGCCAGUCUUGGAGGACCGUAGUCGCUCUUCUGACCCGGACAUACUUUACAUGGACAUGUCUGAGGCAGGAGGAGAACUUGGUUGAUUUGGGAGUUACACAGAUUACAAACCUGUGGAGACUAAUUGACAGUAAACACAACUGGACAUGUUGCCAUGCACAUUUUUGUAACUUUUUUUUUUUGUACUUAUAGUUCAGCCAGGACAGAAGUUGUGUAGCCUCCUAAUGGUGGACGAGCAAAUGUCUUUGCCCCCACCCCUCCCUUAAUCAUUUGUGCUAAUUUAAGCUCCCUGUUGCACUUUGUCAUUUCGUAGUUCUCCGAAUGAAAAAGUGAAGCCAACAUGCUCACUGAAAUAUACUAGUUUGUGCCUUAAUGAUACAAAACUUCUGUUUUUAUUGUUUUGUUAAUGCAAGGGUGGGGAACAAUGUUCCACAAGAGAACUUGAGUGUGCAAUUCUAAAAACAUAAUUAAAAGCCAGAAAACAUUUCAUAAACAAAUGCUCCUAAUACUUAAACAUUUUUGCCAUCUUUAUAGCACAUUUAAAAAGAAAAAAAAACACACAGCAUGGCCCAUAUAAGACGUUAUUAAAAGAAAGAAAGAAAGCCCCAAUAAGGAGUCACAGAUAAUGUACCGGCUGAUUGUGAAUGGUUGCCUCUCCAUGUUCCCUGAAUGGGCCCGAAAGGGAAAAAGGUUCCUCACCUCUUUUGUGUGCAUUUUGCUUUGUACAAAUUCUGGAAUUGUGUUCAUGUUGUGACCGAUUGUUCAGGUGUUUGUCACAUCGUCUACUUGAACCGCUAGACAACAAACAUCAGAUAGGAAGUUGUUGCCCUCAUGUAGCAACAGGAGAUGCGAGCAGCACAUGCCACUUUUUUCUUUCAAAUGAAAAAGGAAAAAAAACACAAACCACGCCAAGGGGAAAGAACCACGCCAUGGUAUCUUUGACUUCACUUUUCUACAAUGAACGUUGGUUCACUUGAGAAUGAGAAAUGUUCUGCCGCAAUGUUGCGUUGGCCAACUUUGUUUUAAUACUAAUGUUCCUCUCUGACUGCUGUUGAAUGAUGUUUGUUAACAGAGAGUGUAUGGUUGGGACUGAAUGGCAUCAAGUGUAUCGGUUAUUAGUGUUAACAUGAAAAUACAGAACAUGAUGCUUGUAA